CACAAUCGAGAAAUUAAUGGUAAAAAUCCCUAAAAUCUAGCUCAUCCAAUAUAAUUCUUAUAGGUUUAAUCUUACAACUUCGCAUCCCAUACAAUUAUCUUCUCUACUUGGUUUCCAAGUUUCACAUCCUAUGUAACUAAUUCUCUAUUCAUCUUUGUUUCUCAUCAGAAUCCAUCCAUCUACCUGAUGAAUGGCUAACAUGAACACAAAGAUGGAAAGUAUUCGAAUGGGCAGGAUGAAAAUCGCCAAGCUGUUGUCGUUAAUGGGGUUUCACGAUGAUGACCCUGACGCUACUACCCAAAUCAUGCGUCAAAGAUUACGCGAGAUUGAAGAAAGAACCACUGCGGCCAACUGUUCGACGACUAGAAAACUCAAGAUCAAAUUUGGCGGGAAGGCAUCAGUCAUCCAAGAAGACCCAACAAACCAUGAUACGGAACCAGGUUCGAGUAGCUUACCUUCAGAAAACCGCGAUAACGACGAAGAUGGUGUCAUGGAGUUAAACAAUGGUGAUAAUAUGGGAACACAUUCAACAAGUGUACCACUAGAAAACCGUAAUUCUGAUCAUACGGAGAUAGAGGAUUUUAUAAGAAGUAUGGGCGGGUCCGAGGUUAAGUUGGUGAUCGAGAAGAUGCUCACGAAAUCAGAUUGCGAGAAAAGCCAAGGCCGGCUUUUGAUACCGACGUUACAAGUGAAGAAUCAUGGGUUCUUGUGGGUGGAUGAGGAAGAGAAACUAGGGAACAAAGAAUCUAUAAGUGUGGAGGUGUUUGAUCCAGAAAGGCGUAAAUUAACGUUGAAUCUUGUGCAAUGGCAGAUGACAAAGAAACCCUAUGCGCUCAUAACCAAUUGGAAGAAACUGGUACUCACAAAUGGGUUGAAGGAAAAUAUGGUGAUACAGGUGUUGUCGUUUCGGCUUGAUCGAAAACUUUGUUUUGCAGUUGUGCGUGUUUGAAGGCACACCAAAGUCAUUUACCUUGGAACACUUUCUAUGGGUCACUUUUACUUUUAACAUCUACGUCUUUUACAAUUUAACCCAAUCACUUUUGCACUUUCAACUUUGAUCUUAUGUAAAUUUUAUCUUUUACAAAUUUUUCGUAUUACGUUUCGUUCUAAAAUUUGCGAGUUAACAUA